CUCUCGAAACAAAGUUCAUCCAGAAUAUACCAGGAUCUCUGGGCAACACGACUCCACAGCCUGGUGCAGCUGGCAUCGGAUCAUUCGCUAGGUAGAGCCGUGACCAUGGACAGUUUCAAGCAGCUCAGAAAAAUUAGCCCGGGCUCAAAACCGCACGUAGGCAUCGUCGGCGCAGGACUGUCUGGCCUCCGGUGCGCAGAUAUCCUGCUACAACAUGGAUUCCAAGUAACAAUCAUCGAGGGCCGUAGUCGAAUCGGCGGUAGGCUUUGCCAAGCGAGGCUCGGAAAUGGCCAUUUGGUUGAUAUGGGACCCAACUGGAUACACGGCACUGAUGACAACCCUAUGCUGGAUCUGGCCAAACAAACGGGGACAGCCGUUGGAACUUGGGAUGUAGCGUCUUACGUGUUUAACGAGUCUGGGGAUUUGUUACCGGUAACAGAAGGAGAAAAAUACUCUUCCCUGGUGUGGGAUAUCAUUCAAGAUGCAUUCGUGCAUUCGAACAAAUCCUCUGCAGAUAUCGACGAGAAACUUAGCUUGUUGGAUUUCUUCAAAGAAAAGGUGGUGGAAAAGAUACCCGAAUCUGAGGACGAUUUCCAGAAAAAGAGAGAAAUGGUUUUGAAGAUGUCUGAGAUGUGGGGUACUUUUAUCGGCAGCCCCGUUGGCCAACAGAGCUUGAAGUUCUUUUGGCUCGAGGAAUGCAUCGAAGGGGAGAAUCUCUUUUGCGCCGGCACAUACGAAAAAAUCCUCCAAGAGGUUUCAAGACCAGCACUUUCUAGUGCCACCAUCAAACUGGACUCCAUCGUCGACAAGAUAUCGUGCCGGACAGAUCCAAAUGAUGAGACUCGAGUGCAGCUGAAGAGCGGACAGACUUUGGCGUUUGACGAACUGGUUAUCACAUGUCCUCUAGGGUGGCUGAAACAAAAUCUCGCCGCAUUCGACCCUCCCCUGCCGUCGGUCCUAACAAAGGCGAUUGGCUCCAUUGGCUAUGGGUGUCUUGAAAAGGUCUACAUUAGCUUCCCCAAGGCAUUCUGGCUCCCAGCCGAAGGCGAGGGCCGCAGAGUACAUGGCUUUGCCCAAUGGAUAGCGCCCGAAUAUCACGCUGAGAAUGCUCGCGGGUGGAAUCAGGAAUUGGUCGAGCUGGCCAGCAUUGCACCUGAGGCAGCUCACCCAACGCUGCUCUUUUACAUUUACGGCGAGCAGUCGGAGUACCUGACAGCCAAGGUGGCUGAGAUUGACGGACAAGAGAAGAAGGACGCUUUCCUGCUGGAAUUCUUCAAACCUUAUUACUCCAGGCUGCCGCAGUACUCCGAAGGCUCAGCAGACUGCCAGCCCGUCUGCUGUCUCGCAACCGAUUGGGUGCGUGACGAGCUUGCCGGCUACGGUAGCUACAGUAAUUUCCAGGUCGGCCUAUCCAACGGAGAUGAGGACAUCAAAACCAUGAGGCGCGGUCUGCCGGAACACGGCCUGUGGUUGGCGGGAGAACACACGGCGCCGUUUGUUGCGCUGGGGACGGCAACUGGGGCGUAUUGGAGCGGCGAGUCGGUCGGGAAGAGGAUCGUGGAGGCCUACGACAUGCCGAAGCAGAAAGAGUCAUUGGACGCAGCUCCGUAAUCUUUGAUUUUGAUUUUGCUUUUGAG